UUAUCCAAUGAAAGAUAAAGCUUAUGUAAUCUACGUUUUCUACUUGCCAAAACCUUGCUGAUUCAAGGGUAGAAAAGUUAUAUUUGGGGCGUCGUGUAGCUUUCUUAAUUACAAAAUGUAUAGAAGAAGAGUACACAACGAUGCUUUAUACAAAACUUUACGAAAACCUACGGAAAAUAAAGUUAAUAUUUUGUAUCGUACAAUACCAGAAUCAAGGAUAAUUCCAAAAUGGAUGAAAGAAAAUUAUCUUUCAUGCUCGCGUUUAGAUUUAUUAAAGAUCAUAGUAGAGCCUAGAGGUUAUUUCGAACUUCCUACCGAUCCUUACAACGAAGUUUUUCCAAAUAUUUAUAUAGGAGACGGUGCAACUGCGAUGUGCACUGCAUUGUUACGGAGACUGGGAAUAACGCACGUAUUGAAUGCAGCACAGGGUAAAAACCGUAAUGUUGGCUUGGUUAACACAUCAGAAGAAUUUUAUCGUGAUAGCGGAAUCAAUUAUUUUGGAAUCGAAGCUUUCGACACAAUUUCAUUUCGGCUGAAUGUAUAUUUUCAAGAUGCUGCAAAUUUCAUUGAGAAUGCUCUUUCCUCUGGAGGAAAAGUUUAUGUUCAUUGCAGAGCAGGAAUAAGCAGAUCUGCAGCUCUUGUAAUUGCUUAUUUAAUGAUAAAACAUAGGAUGUCAGUACAAGAUGCAAUACGAAAAAUUAAAGAAAACAGAAAUAUUAUUCCCAAUUGUGGUUUUUUAAGGCAAUUGUGUGAAUUAAACGAAGAAAUUAUGAAAGAAAAUGAAAGGCACCUUUCACGUGGAGUUCCUUAACUUUGAUGGUAAUAGUUUAAAUCAGGGGUGAGC